AUACAGACAGUAUUCAUGGUAUUCAGAGCACUACUCCCCCGGAUCUCCGUGUAAGGACUUAGGUGAAAUCUUCGAUCUAGACUUCAAGAAGACUUGUUGUGGCGUGUUCAGCUCUUCCUUCAUUCCUGUUGCGCCUGAUUGAGUAUGUUUGGAAGGAAAAAGACUGACAAAAACGAGAAAGGUGCUGAGAAACCAAGAAAAGGAAAGGAUGAUUUGGCCGCAAUGUUUGGCCUCCAGAUGCCUGACGAUGACGACGACGAUGAUUUGGAAGCCGAACUGGCUGCUUUGCAAGGACACCCUGUAAAGAAGAAGUCUGGGCAAAAGAAAACACCCAUGUCUAUGGCAGAGAUUGAAAAGCUGGCAGCGGCGUCCAAAAAGAUCGGUGACGAUCUGGACGAUGAUGAUGAUGAUGAAGACUUUGAUGAGAGUGCACUGUUGGCAGAAUUGGCGGACUUGAGUGAUGAUGACGACGAGGAUGAGGCUUUGUUGGAAGAGAUUGCAUCACCAACGCCAAGGCAACGUCCUCCUGCCCCUAGCCACAUUACACCGACACAGCAAACAGCACCACCAAUGGUUGCGUCGGCACCGGCUACUUUGCCAUCUGAAAGCACUGCAGCGUCUUCACCAGCAGGCAUUGUGCUUGGCCGCCUAGCUAUGUAUCAAGCUGCAGUUAAGCAUGCCAAAGAGAAGGGCGAUACGUCCAAGGCCCGCCGCUAUGAGCGUGGCCUCAAGACUCUAGAUGCACUGGCAAAGAAAGUGAAGUCUGGUGCUAAAAUUGAUAUGGAAGAGGUGCCACCGGAGUUGCCAGCAUCGGCCACCGGUGGUGCUGUGACACAGCCUAGUCCUGCACCUCGCACUAACACUAGCGACACUAUCAACAGCAGUGCUUCUGAUACUACUGCUGCUGCUGCCGUACAGACUGCAGCCAGCGGCAGCCUAUCCGCUGUGCGACCUGCAACGCAAGGUGUAUCACCAGUUGCUAAACCGCGCGCUCCCAAGCCUACGCCAUCGGCCCAAGUCACCUCUUCACCAGUGCCUCAAAGUAGACCUGCACCUGCAACAACGGCAACUGCAGCAGUAGCAGCUUCCGCAGCUUCACCAACAAGCAUGCCAUCCUCUCCUCCAGCUGCUGCAGCAGCAGCAGCCGACGGUUCACCAACUCGCCGCUUACUUUCCGAGCGGAUGAGCCAAUAUCUACGUGCAUCACGUGCAGCGACAAACCCUGCUGACGUGCGCCAGCUCAAGAUCACUGCUGCUCGCUUUCAGAAAGUGAUUAAGGCGUACGACAGUGGGCAGCCAAUCGACUUGGCUCUAAUGCCCCCUCCUCCACCUGGCAUGACCAGCAGUCAAAGACAGCCAGAACAGGCAUCCCCAGCACAAUCUAUUGCCGCUACUAGAUCUACACCACAAGCUGCUGCUACUGCUGCAGUUUCGGAGCCAGCAUCUGAAGCGCAAGCUGAAGCAGCCAUUCCAGUACCCACCACCGUUCUGGAAGGUCUUACACAACGCUUGCUCAAGUAUAGUACUGCUCAGAAGCAAGCCCAGGAAGCUGGUGAGAGUGGUAAGGUACGGCGAAUGGGACGCAUUGUUAAGCAGUAUCAAGAUGCAAUCAAAGCCACUAAGGCAAACCGCAAGUUUGACUACACAGAGUUACCUUGCCCACCUGGAUACCCUCCGCUUCCGAUUGCCGGCCAAGCUACGCCAUCACUUGCUGUUGCUCGUGGUGCUGCUGGUGGUGCUAGCCCAGUGAAUUCCCUGACUAGCUCCUCUGCUGGCACACCAAUCGACUUGGCUAACAUGUCUCCUCCUCCGCCUGGCAUGACCAGCAGUCAAAGGCAACCAGAACAGGCAUCCCCGGUACAAUCUAUUGCCGCUACUAGAUCUACACCACAAGCUGCUGCUACUGCUGCAGCUUCGGAGCCAGCAUCUGAAGCGCAAGCUGAAACAGCCAUUCCAGUACCCACCACCGUUCUGGAAGGUCUUACACAACGCUUGCUCAAGUAUAGUACUGCUCAGAAGCAGGCCCAGGAAGCUGGUGAGAGUGGUAAGGCACGGCGAAUGGAACGCAUUGCUAAGCAGUAUCAAGAUGCAAUCAAAGCCACUAAGGCAAACCGCAAGUUUGACUACACAGAGUUACCUUGCCCUCCUGGAUACCCUCCGCUUCCGAUUGCCGGCCAAGCUACGUCAUCACUUGUUGCUGCUGCUGGUGCUGCUGCUGCUGGUGCUGCUGCUGCUGCUGCUGCUGCUAGCCCAGUCAAUUCCCUGACUAGCUCCUCUGCUGGCACAUCGGGUGCGGCGAUGUCUGGACAAUCCCAAAAUGAUAUUCAGCGGCAGGCUGUCAAGGGCCGUUACGAGGAGUACAAGUCAGCAGCUCUUGCAGCUAAAGGUGCCGGCCGUACUGCGGAAGCCGUGGCAUACUUCAAGACUGCCAAGGGCAUGGAGGCAAUGCUGGCAGCUGCUGAGAGCGGUCUGCCUAUCGAUAUGAGUGAACUGCCUGCGCCCCUCAAUCCCUCCACUGCUUCCAGCGUGGAGCAAAAGAAACGCUCGCGCACUGAGGACGAUGCGGAGGUAUUUGAGCGACUGGCGGAAGUGCUGUCCGAGCAGAUUGCCACAUGUGCCCAGAAUGGUGAGCAGUAUAAACUUGCUGGAGAUGUGAAGGGAGCAUCGGCAUUUGAAAUUGAAGCAGCUAGCUUGCAAGCUGACCUGGACAUGCUGAAGAGCUCUGACAAGUACGGCGAAGCAGCGCCGCGAUUCCACUACGAGCAGCGCGAGUUCUCGAUCGUUCGGUCGUUCCCGGAAAUGGGUGACAGUGAUUGUGAUGUUGUUUUGGACCAAUGUCACAGCUUGCCUCUUCCGUCUGGUUACAAGGAGAAGGAUCUGUACACGUAUGUCAAUGUCACGUUUCCGUUCCCACACGACGAUGAGCCCACCGAGAAGACGCACACGGUCAAGUCCAGUGUGAAUCCCGUGUUCGACGAGUCUCUGCGCUUCUCCAUCGACCGCAAGUCGCGCUCUCUAGCGCGCACCCUCAAGCGUCAUCCUGUGCGGCUGGAGGUCAUGUACGAGCGUGGCUUUCUGAAGAGUGACCAGUCUUUGGGCGUGGGCUCGAUACCUCUUGGUGAUCUAGAGACCAAUUCGGAAGUGCAUGCCAGUGUUGAUUUGAUGGAGGGGCGCAAAGCUUGCGGUGGCAAAAUCGAGGCUCGCAUUCGUAUCCGUCAACCACUGACAGGCCAAGACAUCCAGAAGACCAAGCACAAGUGGCUGGUGAUCGAUGACUAUGCCAACAUGAAGAGUCAGAAGCGUACCAUUCCGCCACCGCAGGCUGCACAGAGAGUGAAGCAGGGCGCAACAUCAUCAUCAUCAUCAUCUGGCAGCCAGCCACUUCAAUGCAUUGAAGUGCUCAAGUUUGAAAAGCAGCGACUUGAGAAGAUGAUGCUGGAGUAUCGCAGCAAGAAGCAGCCUAUUCCCGCACAGGUUCAGCAGCGUCACAAGGCAGCCAGUGAGCGAGCUGCUGCACUGGAAGCCAAGCUGCGCAGCGGCGGUAAACCUUUUCUCCGCAGCUACCUUGCUCAGCUGAAGGCAGGCGCGGACGAGCAGCAAGCUCGUGCCAAGCAGUUGCUGCAGUCCGGUGACAAGACCGGAGCUCACACUGCCCUGCAGUACAAGAAGCUGAUGAGCAGUGAGCUGGAGAAAUGGGCAAACUCAAGCCUCUAAUGACUGCACCGGCAGGGUCGGGAGUUGUGUGACUGUGGUGUUGCAGCCACUGGAUUGCUCUCGCCCACAUUGAUGGUUGGUCAUCACAAACCUUUCCUAAGGCCCUCUUCAGACUACGUACACAGAACAUCCAGUACAAAAUCACAUACAACCUAAAAGGCCACAUUUUCCGAGCCUACAUUCAGACUACAUUUUACAUGCAACAUGCGGGUAACCUUUAACCCUGCGCAAGGGGUUGCGUGAAGGCAGGGAGUCGUACAAAGUUUGUAUGCUUGUACGAUUGCCCGGUGCAAGUACGAUAAACGCAGGAAAGCUGCCUUAUACUGUACAAGGGUUCGCACCCUGCCUGAUAGGAUUGGGCAGCGUUUUGGGCUUCCCUUCAGAUUCUUGUAGUUGUCUUGGAAACUUCUAUGUAAAUGUGACUUAUAGGCUGUUUUGUACCUGGUCUGAAAAGGGCGUAACAUGCACAUACUUGUAUCUAUAAAUUCUAUUUCCCUUAGAAGUAGUUCCCUUCCCUAUUGUUUUUUUAACGCCGUUCUCAUCUCUUUUUGUAUUGGCAUGGCUGGACCAUUGCUUUCUUACCACAGUUCCGCUCUACUUUCUCGAUGUUGCUACUGGCACAGUGCUGAAACAGG